AUGUUGGAAGUUUCUGCAAUUGUUUUGGCCAAUUUAUGUGUUUGUUAUAUAAUGACAAAUAGUAACGAAGAAGCAGAAGAAAUUAUGAAAAGAGUUGAAAGAGAAGAAAAUGUGAAUACUGACAAUAAAUCCUUUCAUCUUUCAAUAAUUAUAAUUAUUGGAACCCUCUACUGUGCUAAAAGCAAUUACGAAUUUGGAAUUUCCCGUAUUGUUAGAGCAUUAGAACCUUGUGAACGAAAAUUGGGUGUUGAUACUUGGUUUUACAGCAAAAGAUGUUUAGCAUCACUGAUGGAAAAUAUUGCUAAAUGUGUUAUUGUAAUACGCGAUGAUGUUUUAAUCGAAUGUCUUCAAUUUUUGGAGGCUUGUGAAGCUCAUGGACACGAAAUACCAACUGAGGCAAAUCUUUUUGCUGUCCGGCCUGGAGAAAUUGUCAGAAUGGUUAGCCAUGAAGUAAUUUAUUUUUUUAAAUUUAUUUUAAAUAACACUUCCCCUAUACCCCAAAAAUACAAAAAAAUGUUUUCUGAUCUCCUUUCUCGUAAUCCAAAAUUUUAUUCUCCGUUCAGAUUAUUCUCUUCUCGGAAUCCAAAUUCUCCCCAUCAUUACAAAUUUUAUUUUUAA